AUGUCACGUAUAGCGGCUCUUGUAUCUGGGGGUGUUGAUAGUUCGGUUGCGGUGCAUAAGUUUAUUACACGUUAUCCUCAGCAGAAAAAUAAGGUACAUUUGUACUAUCUUAAAAUUUGGCUAGAAGAUGAACUGUCUUUUCUUGGGGAUUGCCCCUGGGAAGAAGACCUGUACUAUGUAAGAAAAAUAGCAGCACAGUUCGAUAUUCCCUACACUGUUAUUCCUUUGCAGAAAGAAUACCAAGAAAAAAUUAUAUCGUACACUGUAGAUGAGUUGAAAAAAGGAGCAACUCCCAGCCCAGAUAUAUUUUGUAACACCAAAAUAAAACUUGGUGCAUUCCUCGAAUACAUAGAUGGGGCAGAUACAGUUAUUACUGGUCACUAUGCUCGUAUAUACAAAGAUGAUACAACUAGGGUGCAUCUUCUUACAGCAGCAGACAGAGUAAAAGAUCAAAGUUAUUUUCUUUCCAUGCUAAGUGAGGAGCAAAUAACAUUGCUUACGUUUCCUCUAGGCGCUAUGCAAAAAUUUCAAGUAAGAGAGUAUGCUCAGGCACACGCUCUUUCUACCAUGCAUAGAAAAGACAGCCAAGGGCUUUGCUUUCUAGGUAAAAUUAAAUUUAGGGAUUUUAUACGCGAGCAUCUCGGGGUGCAAGAAGGGAGCAUUAUAGACGAGCGUACAGGUAAGGUGCUAGGCACACAUGAGGGCACCUGGUUUUAUACUAUUGGGCAACGCAAUGGGCUAGGGCUCGGGUCUGGACCGUGGUAUGUUGCACGAAAGUCGCUAGAAGAAAAUAUAAUUUGGGUGCAGCACGCAGAACGUAUUCAGGAAAUAGCGUCUCAUGAAGUAUUUUUUAGCAACCCACAUUGGAUACGCAAAAUCCCACCGUCUUUGAAAGGAGCGUGCUUUGUUAAAAUACGGCACGGGCCUGCACUUGUAGCUGCUCAAUACACUCUUCAUGAAGAAAGGGGGGUGGCAUCACUUACAGAAUCCGAUUGUGGUAUAGCAGAGGGGCAGUACCUUGUGUUUUAUACCCCAUUCGAAAACAAAGAGCUGUGCAAAGCAACGCAGUACUUUUCUUCUGUAGCACCGCACGAAGAAUCACCGGAAAGUCCAGUAUACGAAUGCAUGGGUGCAGCCCGAAUAUUCGUACCACAAUAG